CUCCAUAUUUUCCCAGAGGUACGUGGGAGAGGGGAUGGCCUCACAAAAAGGCCCAAUCGCAGGAAGACGGCACGACGAUGCCGAGGCGCCCACUCACCCCAACAGCUGCAAACACGGCGCUUCUCGCCAUCAAGCUAUUCAGUUCUUCCAACCAGGGAAACAAAAGAGAUCCUGCGCUUAUAAGCCAGCCGCCAUGAAUCCCCUCUUUCCUCACCUCACCCCACUUUUCCAUCUUCCAGCCCGCCACUCAUCCGCAGCCGCUGAAGACGAUGUACACCGCUCAGUCCAACAUGUUCGACAUCUUCGACGAGUACAUGAACCCUGACGCGAUGGCCGUGGACGGCCCGGACUUUGGCCACCACGAGGCUCUCGACUACUCAACUCACUUCAACUUCGUCUCCGACGACGCGCACGCCCACGCUGCGCAUGCCGCGACUGAGGAUUCUUGGGCCUGCUCUCUCCAACAUGGCGCUGACCAGCACGCAUCUCUAUCGACACACGCGGUCGAUCUCCCCUUCCCUACCAGCUCGUCGGCUGACACGGACUCCUUGAUGUCCGAAGCCAGCGAGCAGUCCUUCCUCAGUGACCUCUCCUCCUUCGACGAAGCCAACUCCCGCUGGCCGUCGCCAUUCCUCAAGUACAGCGCCGAGUCCCCCGUCCCCGAUGACGAUGCCCCUUCCCUCACCGUCAGUCCAACGGCCAUGCAUGCUCCUUUGGAACCUGCCAAGGUCGAGUCGCCUCUCAUCAAGCUGGAAGAGGUGGACAGGUUCCCCUCUCCUCAGCUUAUCCCCCUUCCCGAGCCUUUGCCUACCCCGCCGCGGUCGCGGAAGUCCUCUCUGGUUUCUACCCGCGUUGUCCGCAAGCUUCCCACCGUCGUCAAGAAGGCCUCAGCGUCACCGUCACUCCAGAUCAAGCGCUCCCCUUCACCAGUGGAUGCUAACAAGUAUCUGCCCUCCCCCAACCCCUCCAUCAAGCGUCCUCGGUCCCACGUCGAGGACUCCGACGACGAGGACGAGUACAAGAUGGAGGAGAGCGACGAUGAAGACGACGACGACUAUGUGUACGAGCCUCGCGCGCGCACGCGUGGCUUUCGCAAGGCGGCGCGCAAGGCCGUCGCAGCUGUCAGCCGCAACUUCGUCGGCGCUCGUCGCACCGCCGCCUCUGCUCUGCACUCCGGCUCCAAGAAGCCCCAAGCUCCCCGCCGCCAGCGCUGCCCCGGCGACCCGCCCGCUGUGCGUGGCCGCCCUCCCAAGGCCGGCCGCAUCAACGACCCCCGACCCAACAAGAAGGCCCGCAUCAACGCCCUGACCGUCUCUGACGAGGAGAUCAUGGCUCACCUCGCCCAAAAGCACUAUCGCAAGUCCAGUAGAGGGCGGUACCAGUGCCCCGUCUCCGGAUGUCACUGCGAACUCGGUCGGGAGGCGGACGUGCGCCGGCACCUGGUGAACCAGCACUCGGACCAGUCUGACGAGGUGCUGUACGCAGUGACGGACCCGAGAUACCGCAGGUGGUGCUUGGCGUGCGACCAGGUGCUCUCGCGGGCGGAUGCGCGCGAGCGUCACGAGCAUACUUGCAAGAAAUGGGAAAAGGAGAAGCACGGCGUGCCCACGCGGAAGGAGGUCAUUCCUGAUGAUUCCCAAGAAAGUCUCGACGAUUAACUGGUUCUGUCCCUGUUUCUCUCAUCUCGCAUCUUAUCUCUCGAUAUCUUUGUUGUGUCUUCUCUCCUAUCAAGUUUUGUCUCGCUGUAUUUUCUCUUUCUCCAUGAUAUCCCAUUUUCUCCUCUGUCUGUUCUCACAACUCACUGUAUCGAUACCCGCUUUGUCUACCUUGUAAUGAGCUCCUCGAUCCGCUUUGUAAUUUAUCCAGAUUCGCGAUGUCCUCAAUUCAAUUUCAUUGUUUGUGUCUAUCU